AUGCGUACGACCGAAAGUUUCCAGCGGUCUUAGGUACAUCGCAUCUUUGUGCGAACGUCAUUGGUGGAUUUGUCAGUCGUCAAUCUCCAAGGCCCGAGCUCGAAAUUCAUUCCUUCGAGUUCAUUCCUCGUCGACGGGCACACGGACAUAUCGUGAAUGACAACGACGACGACGACGACGACGACGACGCGAUUAACAACUGCCAUUCGAGUCGUCUGUUCGCGCAUCCAGCGGCCUCGAGCGCAGUCGAGUCGAGUCGCGAGAAUCCCCUCGGUAAUAGGACGGAAAUAAUUCAGAUCGGUUCCAUUUUAAAUUAAUACGUCGCGGCGCGCUGCUGGGUCGGUCGAUGGAUCAUUUCCAAUUAUCCGGCGGUCGUAUUUCCCGUCCUACGAUCGCUCCCUCCCGCCGAAAAAAAUUUCCUUGCCUCUGUCCGUCCGCGAAAAGUCUCCGACGGCCAAUUAUCUCGACCGGUUUCCUUCUUCUCUCCCCCCCCCCUGCCUCUCCCUCCCUGCCAUGUCAGGGAAGAUGCUUGACGCUCCGAUAGUUACCGAGAUACCGACAAUGUCGAGAUAGACAUUCAGAAACCGCCUCGCAUUGUACUUUUCGCAUACUUCCGUGCAUCUGUUCGGCGAAUACGAAGGAAAGUGCCAUCAAUCGUCCUUUCUCCCUUAUAUCGAAACGUCGUCGUUGUACACCCUGACGGAGUUUCUCAUAUAAAUCACGAUCGCGUGCUGCGCUGUUGUGUUGCUGUGUACGCGGAGCGCAAGAAAAUUGAUGGAACAAUAUCCGGGGAGAGGAAGUGGGAGGUGUAUUUAGAGUCGAUCUUUUUGCAGCGACGGCCAGGACAAAAGCGAUCCUUGCUAGCGCCGCGCGAUAGGCGCUUUGGCGACUAACUAAUGAAACGACGUUAAUCCAUUACACGGAGUGUCUGCCCAUUAAUCAUUCGACCCGUCCAGUUGGCCUGGAAGGAGCAAAAGUGCCUCCCACUAUCGCAGUAUAGGGGUUAGUGACCCCUUCUCCGAAAUUAUGCCUGCUUUUCGCAACGAGGACAAAAAGAUUCGGCUCCGAAAGCGUGGGGGUGCUAAGCCGAGGAAUGGAGGGAACGUGGCAGUGGGAGCAGCGAAAGCACUGCCAUAUCAUUCUGCUCAACUCUUUGUCGUACCUAAAGGAGAACCCGGAACAGACAGCAGAUGAACGGAAACGGCUGCACGACCGCUACGGCAAGGAAACCGACGUCCUGAAGACGAAGAGUCGCGUGCCAGGCCUGUAGCGCUCGGUAAGGAAGACAGGGAACCCCGGGGCACCGUCGAGCACAAGAAGAGGGGGUCGUCAUGGGCCCGGCAAGCCAAAUCGUACCCCACUGAGCGAUGCAAGUAGUUAGGGCCGGGGCCCUGCUAGUGAGCAUGUGGCUCACUAGAGAAUGAAGAAGCAAAACGUCCGGACCCUAUCAUUAAUCGUUUUCACGUUUACCUAUCUCCUCGUCGGUGCUGCAAUCUUCGACGUACUCGAGUCCGAGACGGAGAAAUCACGCAAGGAAGCAUUGGACGCCAUUGAGAAAAUGGUCAUUCGAAAAUAUAAUAUAAGCGAGGACGACUUCAAGAUCAUGGAAACAGUGGUGCUGAAGACGGAACCUCAUAAGGCUGGCCAACAGUGGAAGUUUGCCGGCGCGUUUUAUUAUGCCACAACGGUCCUCACUACGAUAGGUUACGGACACUCGACGCCAAAUACCAUAAGCGGCAAACUGUUCACGAUGUUCUAUGCGAUUGUCGGUAUCCCAUUAGGACUCGUAAUGUUCCAGAGCAUAGGAGAACGCUUGAAUAAGUUCUCGUCCGUCGUAAUACGGAAUGUAAAGCGGCUUCUAAACUGCAAGGACGUCCAGGCCUCGGAGAUUAAUCUCAUCUGCGUGGUAACGACUCUGUCGUGCUUGACCAUUGCCGGCGGUGCUGCCGCGUUCUCCAGAUACGAAGGGUGGACCUACUUCGAUUCUAUUUACUAUUGUUUUAUCACUCUGACGACCAUCGGCUUCGGCGACAUGGUCGCGCUACAGAGGGACAACGCACUGAACAAGAAGCCCGAGUACGUGAUGUUCGCCUUAAUAUUCAUCCUCUUCGGCUUGGCGAUCGUCGCUGCUUCGUUGAAUCUAUUGGUCUUGAGAUUCGUGACGAUGAACACGGAGGACGAAAGACGAGACGAAGCCGAAGCGUUACAGGCGGCUCAAGGCGCGGUGCGCCUCGAGGGUGACGUGAUAACGGCGAACGGCUCGAUACUAUCCGGUCAGAUCGGCAAUCAGGGCGACGCGAUAUCGUUGGAUGACGAGACGUCCGUGUGCAGUUGUCGUUGCAACGGUUUCCAGAAGAAGCGGCGGAGACCGCGCUUCACGGUCCGUCGCUCGCCAGGCAAGAUCUCGCACCUGCUGCAGAUGCAACAGCUGUCGGCGCUGAAUGUGCACGGCGACGACGAGUUGCGCCCGCCGCCGCUCACGCCUCUUCUGCAACUGCCGCCGCUGCAUCAGCAUCGCGCCAGUAUCUGACGUUGCUCGGGCGCGAGGAGCCUGAUGCUGGAUCUAGAUGAGGACGAUCGGUAUUACCAUCACCAGCAUCAACUGCAGCCGCGGCGGCUGUCCGUCUGAGAGAGCAUCGUUUCUGCCUGCCCUGCAGCCGCCAUUUCAACGAAUUUUAAUCGUCGUCGCGAGACGCUAUCAUCACCGCCACGAGUUCUCCUCUCUCUCUCUCUCUCUCUCUCUCUCUC